AGAGCCAAGAUGACGGAGAUGGACCUCCUCAACAUUCUGGACGAUUUGACAGACAAGGAAUUUGAGAACCUCAAGUGGUCCCUUAAGUAUGAAAAGGUGGGCGACAUCCCACCCAUCAAAGAGAGCCCGCUGUCGAAGGCAGAGAGACGGAACGUGGUGGAUCUGAUGGUGCAGAAAUAUGAAUUUACUGGAGCUGUGGAAGUCACCAAGAGUGUGUUAAAGAAGAUCAGCAGGAAUGAUCUGGUGACGAAGUUGCCAACCAUCAGCUCAGGAGCAGAAGGUCAGUCACAGGAGGUGACAAACACAGCAUCACAUCCAGACAGCAGAUCUGUGACGAGAAAGUUUCCGGACACUGGUAAUGAGCAGGUGGUGUCAUAUGAACAUAAGUUCUGUCUGACCAGGAGAUAUCAACAAGCGACUGACGAAACUGAUGAAACAGGAAGUAAAAUCAUCUUUAACAGCAUCUACACUGAGCAAUACAUCACAGAGGGAAAGAGUGAAGAGGUUAAUACCCAACAUGAGGUGAGGCAGCUUGAGAAAGCUUCCAAGAUGAAGACCCUCAAAGACACUCUAAUCAAGUGUCACAACAUCUUUAAAGUCUUACCUGGCCAAAAGGAACACAUCAUCAAAGUCGUUCUGACGAGUGGCGUCGCUGGUGUUGGAAAAACCUUCUCAGUGCAGAAGUUCACUCUGGACUGGGCAGAGGGCUUGGAAAACCAAGAUAUCAUUCUGCUGAUGUUAUUUCCAUUCAGGGAGCUGAACCUGAUCAAACAUGAGCAGUACAGUCUGAUCAUGCUGAUCCAUGAAUUCCAUCCAACAUUACAGAAGCUCACAGCAGAGAAGCUUGCUGUCUGUAAAGUUCUGUUCAUCUUUGACGGCCUGGAUGAAAGCAGACUUUUACUGGAUUUCAAGAACAGGAAGGUUGUGUCUGAUAUCACACAGAAGUCAUCAGUCAGCAUGUUGCUGAAAAACCUCAUCGAAGGUAAUCUGCUUCCCUUGGCUCUCAUCUGGAUAACUACCCGACCUGCAGCAGCCAAUCAGAUCCCUCUGACAUUUGUUGACAGGGUAACAGAAGUACGAGGCUUCACUGACGACCAGAAGGAGGAGUACUUCAGGAAGAGAUUCAGUGAUGAAGAGCAGUCCAGCAGAAUCAUCUCACACAUUAAAACAUCCAGGAGCCUCCACAUCAUGUGUCACAUCCCAGUCUUCUGCUGGAUCACUGCUAGAGUUGUGGAGCAGAUAUUGAUGACAAACCAGAGAGGAGAACUACCCAAGACCCUGACUGAUCUAUACUCUCACUUCCUGUUGGUUCAGACACAGAGGAAGAAGAACAAGUAUGAUGAGGGACAUGAGAUGAGUCCAGAGGUUCAGGCAAAGAGGAAGAGGAAGAGGCAUGAUGAGGGACAUGAGAUGAGUCCAGAGGAGCUGACGGAGGCUGACAGAGACGUUCUUCUGAAGCUGGGGAGGCUGGCGUUUGAACAACUGGACAAAGGAAACAUCAUAUUUUACAAAAAAGACCUGGAGCAGUGUGGUCUUGACAUCACAGAUGCCAUGUUCUCAGGAGUUUGUACAGAGAUCUUCAAAAGAGAGAAGAUGAUCUACAGGAAAACAGUCUACAGCUUUGUUCAUCUGAGUGUUCAGGAGUUUCUGGCUGCAGUAUACAUGUACCACUGUUACGCCAACAACAACACAGAGGUACUGGAGGACUUUCUGGGAGAUGUGGAUGUGGAUGGUGAUGAUGAUGGUGAUGAUGAAGAAGAAUACGAAUACACUAGCGAUGAUGAUGAUAAUAAAUUCAUUGGCAACGACGAUUUCAUUGAUGAUAUUGAGGAUGACGAUUUCAUUGAUGAAGAUGAUGAUGAUGACGAUGAAGACGAUGAUGGUAAUGAUGAUGAUGAUGAUGAUAAAGAUGAUGAUGACCAAGACAAUGACCAUUACAUAACCCUAGACGCCUUCUUGAGGAGAGCAAUGGAAAAAUCUCUCAGAAGUGAAAAUGGCCACCUGGACCUGUUCGUCCGCUUCCUUCAUGGCCUCUCUCUGAAGUCCAACCAGAGUCUCUUAGAAGGCCUGCUGGAUCAGACAGAGAACAGUCCAAAAACCAUCCAGAGAGUCAUCAACAACUUGAAGGAGAAGAAGACCAAAUUCUCUCCUGACAGAAGUAUCAACAUCCUCCACUGUCUGAUGGAGAUGAAUGACCGCUCAGUACAUCAGGAGAUCCAAGAGUUCCUGAAGUCAGACAAAAAAUCAGAGAAGGAACUCUCUGCUAUCCAGUGCUCAGCUCUGGCCUACAUGCUGGAGAUGUCUGAGGAGGUUCUGGAUGAGUUGGACCUGGGAAAGUACAAAACAACAAAGGAGGGACGACGGAGACUGAUCCCAGCUGUGAGGAACUGCAGAAAGGCUGUGCUUACCAGCUGUCAACUAUCAGAGACUGACUGUGGAGUUGUGGUCUCAGCUCUUAAGUCCAACCCCUCCCACCUGAGAGAGCUGGACCGGAGCGACAAUGAGCUGCAGCAUUCAGAAGUGGAGAUGAUCUCUGCUGGAUUGGAAAGUCCAAACUGUAAACUGGAGAUUCUGAGAUUGAGGAACAGCGAUUUGUUAGGUUACUACUGUGAUUCUCUGGCCUCAGCUCUGAAGUCCAACCCCUCCCAUCUAGAGGAGCUGGACCUGGGAGACAACGACCUGUGGGAUUCAGGAGUGGAGCCACUGUGUGAUUUUCUGGAGAGUCCACGCAGUAGACUAAAGACUCUGAGGUUGAGUAACUGCAGUUUAUCAAAGAUCAGUUGUGCUUCUCUGGCCUCAGCUCUGAAGUCCAACCCCUCCCAUCUGAGAGAGCUGGAUCUGAGUGAAAAUGACUUGCAGGAUUCAGGAGUGAAGUUGCUGUGUGACUUCCUGGAGAUUCCACACUGUAAACUAGAGUCUCUGAGUUUGGGGACCUGCAAUUUGUCAGAGAUCAGUUGUGCUUCUCUGGUCUCAGCUCUGAAGUCCAACCCCUCCCAUCUGAGAGAGCUGGAUCUGAGUGGAAACAAACUGCAGGAUUCAGGAGUGAAGCUUCUGUGUGAUUUUCUGGAGAAUCUACACUGUAAACUGAAGACUCUGAGAUUGUGGGACUGCAGUUUGUCAGAGAUCAGCUGUGCUUCUCUGGUCUCAGCUCUGAAGUCCAACCCCUCUCAUUUUAGAGAGCUGGGGCUGAGAGGAAAUGACCUGAAGGAUUCGGGAGUGAAGCUACUGUGUGGUUUUCUGGAGAGUCCACACUGUAGACUGGAGACUUUGGGAUUGUGGAUGUGCAGUUUGUCAGAGAUCAGCUGUGCUUAUCUGGCCUCAGCUCUGAAGUCCAACCCCUCCCAUCUGAGAGAGCUGGAUCUGAGCCUCAACGACCUGAAGGAUCCAGACAUGAAGCAGCUGUGUGAUCUUAAGGAAAGUCCAGACUAUAGACUGGAGGAUUUGAGAUGGUGGAAUGGUGUAGUACCAGCCUGGGGUUUGGGAUGAUCAGCUGUAUCCUGAUGAUCCAGAGAGGUUGAAACAACAGCAGCAGCAGCUUGUGUGUAGAGAGGCGGUG